UAAUGUUGGUAUAAUGAAAAUCAAUGUUUAUCAUAGACAAACUACAUGAAACUUCCGGCUAAAUUAUUCUUUAAGCGUCUAACACGUCUGUUUGAAAAGAAAUUAUGAAUAUUAAUAACUAUCAUAAAUAAUUAAAUUUUAACAAAAAUUGUACUUACAUAGAAAUAUGGUGAUUGAAUAUUAAAAAAUAUAAUAAGACACAUUAGUGAUUGUUCCGUGGAAGUAGAAAAUGGCCGCGUACCAAGUGAUUUAGUUAUAUUUUGAAGUUGCUGUUAUUAGCGAGUAUUAUUUGUAUGAAUGAAAGUAGAUUUUUAUUGACUUACAAGUAAUUAAAGUUUUAUCGGUGUCUAAAUCAUUAUCUUAUAUGUUAGGAGAUGUCAAGAAUUUCAUUUUACAACAAAUUACGAAAACGAUAUGGCGUCUCGUUAAUCGACCAAUAGGAAGUCGGUGUUUAGCGUUUUAGAAUUGCAUGUAUUAGUUCUAGCCCUCGCGUCAUUGCGUUUUCGAUGUGUUGGGCAAAUUUGUACAUCUCUAAUUGAUUUUCAUUAAGUGAAUGAGUUGACAUUUCAUUUUAUUGUGAAAAACUUUGUAAACAGUAACCAAUUACGGACAUAUAGUGAUACAUUUCAUGAAGCAUCAUAAACGCCUCCGAACAUGACAACGUUGGGCUUUGGAUAAACUGAAAUGCAUUAUUACCGUGAUUGUGUUUUUGUAAACAAAACUAUGUUUUCACGGUGCACGUGCUGGAAAGUGUACAAUUGACAGCUCAAUUAUGUCAGGAAGGGGGGCAAAAAAACGCGGGAGGCCCCCAAAAUCUAGUAGUUUUGAAAAAAAUAGAAAAUUCCAAUUUCAUUUAUUGAAAAAACCAAAAUAUUUGCAACAAAAUGCUGUGAACACUUCUAUGAUAAACACUCCGUCGGCGUCUAGAGCUUCUUCACCUCAAGGUAGUGAUAUUAGCAGAAGAAGUACGAGAAAGCGAAAAGAUCGUAAAACACAUAAAAGUAAAAGAGGCGGAAUAUCCAAUUCUUACUCGAAACGGGGUUAUAAUCCACAGGCAGCCGAUUACCAUGAAUCUGAAUAUCAUUACGGUUCUGACUUUGGUGAUGAGUAUAGUGACAAAUCCGAGCUCGAAGAAGAGCGCGGUAGUGAAAGUUCAGAAGGAAGCGAAGAUGGUGCGGCGACCGAUAGUGAUUUUUCUGUGAGCAGCUUUAGUACAACGAGUGGAACACCGCGAAAAACUAAUACUAUAACAAACAGACCUCCCAGUCCUGAUCCAUUGUGGUUGCAACAAGGAAGACAAAUUCCACCCUUAGAUUUACCACCUUCAUCAGAUGAUCUAAUUAUACCCCAAAAUUUAGUCUUUCAAGUUGUAAGUGUAUAUGAAGUUUUGCGACAUUUCAGACACUUAGUAAGACUGUCUCCUUUUCGCUUAGAAGAUCUUUGUGCUGCUAUAAGCUGUGAAGAUCAAAGUAACUUGCUGAUUGAAGUACAUAUGAUGCUACUUAAAGCAUUGCUACGUGAAGAAGACGCUCAACAGACUCAUUUUGGACCUUUAGAUCACAAAGACAGUGUAAACAUUACAUUGUUCUUAUUAGAUGUCAUGACAUGGCCAGAAGUUCUUAGAAUUUAUGUGGAAAGUGAUAAAGUUUUUGAUCAAAAUGUGAUUAAAAUUUUAAACAGUUGUGAAUAUCCAUUUACUUCAGUAGAAAAUCGUUUAACAGUUCUUCAGUUUCUGUGCAAUCAAUUUUUAAUAACCAAUCCUGUCCGUGAUGAUCUGUUAAGUGAAGUUCCAAUACAUUAUGAUGAUCACUGUAGAGUGUGUCAUCGCUUGGGUGACCUUCUGUGCUGUGAAACCUGCCCUGCUGUAUAUCAUUUAGAGUGUGUGGAUCCUCCUUUACUUGAUGUACCUUCUGAAGACUGGCAGUGUGCUUUGUGUAAGCAGCAUAAGACUGUUGGUGUAACUGAUUGUCUUCCUGAUGCUGAGAAGCAAGGUCUAUUAUGCCGUCAUGAACAUUUGGGAUUUGAUAGACAGGGCAGAAAAUACUGGUUCAUUGCAAGGAGAAUAUUCGUUGAGUCUGAGAAUGGUCAAGUAUGGUACUACAGUACUCCUCAACAGUUUGAAGAAUUGUUGAAUGUUCUCGACUCGGAAGAAAUGGAAACACCAUUAGUUCGUGAACUAUUAGAAAUGAGGCAAGAAAUUUUAAGGCAAAUGGACAUAACAGAGAGUCUAACUAACCAAAUGAAAGGAAAUCGGAAAUCAUACUUAGAAGCUGAAAAAACAAAUGUCAUCAAACAAAAAAAAAAUAGGUCUGAACACAAGCACCAAGACAAUAAUCCACAAUUAAAAGUGGAUGGAAAAAUUGAUAACCUACCCACAAUGGAUAGUGAUGUGUUAAAUGAAGUGACUAUUAUGAGUGAGGAUUCUCAAGAUAAUAAUGAUAUAGAACAGGAAGAGUCAACAGAUGAGGAUGAUGACAAAAAGAGUAUUAACCAGUUAAUAUGUAAAUCUAAAAAUAUAAUUAAAAAAAAAUCAGAAGAAGUUUCUGAACGAUUAACAAGGCAGAAAUCUAAUCAAAUGUCAAAUGGAACAUAUUUAUUCAAAUUAGGAAAUGAAAAUAAUUUUAAGACCUACAUUAACCAGUAUGCAAGCAAUUCUCUGGCUUUAAAUAAACCUCAAAGAAACGAGGAAAGGGACAAAAAACGCUAUAUGUCACAUAAGUUUUCUCUAUCUUCUACUCAAGAGUUCAAAUGGGUUGGUCUUCUGAAUGCAACAAAACCAUUCUUGGUUGCAACUUUGAGACAGACUCUGCUGCAGUUAGAAUCUAAUAUUGUGCUACAGUUUAUGCAUCCAAAUUGGUCUUUAUUGAGAAAACCAUGGGUACAAGCAGUCCAACUUUGUCAAGCACCACGUGACUUCUCAAGGGCAUUGUGUGUGCUACAGGCUUGCAUUAAAAAUGUUGUAUGGGUACCGGCAUGGCAUGAACAGCUGGGUCAUGUUAGGCUUAUACGCACGACUGCUGCUGAGCGUGAAGAACGAAAAAAACUAGAUAAAAGAGAGAAAAAAGAGAGAGAUGAAGAAGAAGAGCGUUAUCGCACCGCCUACAAUUUCGUAAAAUAUUCUCUUGGUCUUCGUCAUCAGGUUUGGAAGCAGAAAGGAGAAGAAUACAGGAUUCAUGGUCAGUGGGGUUGGUUAUGGAAUUCUGCAACUAGAAAAUACAAAAAGCAUAAUUUUACUAUCAAACCAACACUAAGCAAUGGUCCAACCAAAAUAGCAGUAAGAGUGAGAGAAGGCAAUGUGACUAAAAUUUUAGCCGUUGAACCUAAAACAUAUGAAUACUUAAUUUCCAACGGAAAUAAUGAAAACAAAGAUGUAACGGAAAAAUUACCACCAUCUAUGCGUAACCUUGUGAUUCAAAAAGAAGACGAUACCACUUUUGAAGAGAUAGAUGUUGAAAAAGCAUUAAGCUCUUCCAUAAGAAGAUAUUAUCCUAAAAUUGCUAAAAAAUCUCGAUUAGACGACUUCUUAGCACGACGAACUUAUCUUAAAUUUAUGGAAGAAAAGAAAUUAGCCAAUUUAUUGCAAAAUGUUAAAAAAGAGAAUACUAAUGAAAAAAAUGAAGAUGACAAAAAUAUUGAUAUCGAAAAUGAAGAGCCAGAACAUGACAUUUCUACUAUUUGUGACUCAAGUCAAUUUGUAAAACCAAACACAAAAAAUGUUGAUGUUCUUAGAGAAAAGUAUCAAGAACUAUCACAAAUAACAAAACACUACAAAUGCUAUUCUCAAACUUGUAAUAAAAUUGAAAAUUUAUCAAAUUUUAACAUUAAUGCAAAGGUCGAUUGUUACUCGCCUUUAUGUAUACUGAAGUUUAAACUUAUAAACGAACUUGUAAAACUUUUAAAAAGUGAUGUAAUAAAUUCUUCCAAUAUUUUUGAAAAUUCUAAAGAUUCUUCAAAAUUCUCGAUAUUGGAACAAUAUCUCCUUGGUAAAAGCUCAUCACAGCAUAAUUCUAAUGAUAAAAUCUUAACAGAUUUACUAUCUGCUGUAGCAUGUGCUCAGGAAUAUGAUAACAAAAAUAGCGACAGUUUUGUCAAGAGAAAGUUAAGUAAUAAUGAUUCUGAUGUUAAGACAGAAAAAACGGAUGUUUUUGAAGAUAUCAUUAAAACUGAGAGUACCUUAGAAGAGUGUGCAGUGCCGGCUGUCGGAAAUGAAAUGGAUAUUGAUAUUACAUCUUGCAACAACGAAAAUGAGAUGGAAGUUGGACCAUUAAAAGAGCUGACUGAUAGUGAGCAACAUAAUGUUUCUGAUACCGAUAAGACGCGCCCUCCAAUUCCGAAACUAAAAAUAUCUAGAGGAAAAUCAUCCAAAUCGUCUAAUACUACAAAAAAUGAGACUAAAGAUUCUUCAUAUAAUUGUUCUUUAGCACAAAUAAAAAGAGAAGAAAAAGCGAAGUAUCGUGCAUCUGUCAAUAGAAGAUUUGGUGGAGUAAAGACUUUUAAAAGAGAAGAGAAAAGCUUAAAGUCCGAAAAAAAAGAGGGUGAAGUUGUCAGGAUAUAUUCAGCCGAGUCUCCAAAGGGCAAAAUUUAUUUGAAAAGGGUGCAGACCACUGCUGUUGAAAAGAAAAAGAAACGAACUCCAGUAAAAUACCCUUUGUGCUCUACAUUUCACACUCGCAGUAAAUCAAAAACAAUAAUGGUGUUACCUCAUCAUGAGUUAAGGAAACUAUGCAGGCAGGCGGGGCAUAGUAGUAUAUCUGGUUUCAGUCACAAUGCAAAACCUAAUCAAGGUGUUUGGCCUUAUCCUUGCCCUAGACCAUUAUUUAAAACAUGCUGGUUGUAUAGGACGGUGAAUUUGCAAUGGCUCGCCAGUGCUGCUUUACAAUUACGUAUUAUGUGGGCGUGUUUAAGAUGGGAUGAUAUGGCUGCUAAGCCAGCUACUGCAGACGGUAAACACCAAUUAACCACCGAUACAGAAAUAGUUUCUUUAGAAUUGCUAAAACAUCGUCAUAUGGGACAAUUUUCUGAACACACUCAAUAUCUGCGAAGACGUGUCGUGAUACCUCUGGAAUUGCCCAAGACUGUACGAGAAGUAACAUCUAUUCGUAGCGGCUUAAGAAAAAGAAAACGCGCAGAAUCUCCUCAAAAUACUGAACCACAGGUCUCUGAGGAGUGGGUGGAUGAGGACAAAUUGGAAUUAUGGGAAGUCCGUCAAUAUGGUGAAAAAAGCGAUCGCGGAACUCCUGUAACGCGCACAUCAACUGGCAAGCUGCCUCACAGAAACAUUGCACCUCUACCAAAUGCGUCUGAUCUCAAAGAUAAAAUGGAGCAACAACUACGUGAACAGCGAGCUGCACAUCAGCAGAAAAGAGCCUUAGAGAUGUCCCAAGAAAAAGUAAAGUCUACUCCAAACCAAACAACUGGAAAAAGUACUCUUACUUCUUUAUUGUCAACAAAUGCUACAACACCUACUGGACAAAAAACCGUUAUAGGCACUAGAAGAAUAAUUAUGACAAAAGGAGCUGAUGGUUCUACACGAGUUAUUAGUCAAUCCAUUUCGAGUAAAGCAGGACUGGAUGGAAAUAAAUCAGCCACACCACCACCUAAAGAUGGACCACAAAAAGUUCAAAUUAUUCGGGCUCCAGAUGGUAAAAUUACCGUAAAAGGAUUGCUUCCGGGACAACAACUGAUACAAAUGGCAGAUGGUAAAUUACAUGUUGUCACGGCUGGACAACAAGGCAUCACAGGUCAGUUAGUGGCAGCUUCUCCUCCAAUAAAGAAUACGGAAAUAACACAGAGUAAGUCGGAAAAUAAAGUAUCCAGUACGACAAAGAAUUCCAACGAAGAGACGCGAUCGACGUCUACGCCUCGCAUUGCACCUUCGUCAACUCCGCAGCUAGUCGUUCAGGGCGGGCGCCAGCUAGUCGUCCAACCGUCGCAGCAGAUGGUCGUGCAGUCACCUCAACAGGUGGUAGUUCAGUCUCCGCAACAGAUGGUCGUCCAAGCGGGAAUCCGCCCUAACAUCCAGCCGCGUGUACAGCCUCUCAACACUGUGGUAGUACAGGGACAGCUAAUGCAGCGAGCUGUUGCGCCCCGGACGCCAGUAGCGUCGCGCCCUCGUCCGGUCUCCACGCAACAAAUAGUCGUCAACAAUCCUGCUUUGGUUCAACAAAUAGCUGCCGGCAAAAUACAGCUAGCUACUGUCAACGGACAGCAGGUUCUGAUUCGUCCGACUGGCAACAAUCAAGCUCAAAUAGUUGCACACAUUGGUCAAAGUCCAGCGCCGCGCCAGCCGCCGCCCGUAGUCGCUCCGGCGCCGAUUCCUGUGGCGGCGCCAGUUUCGAUUCCGGUCCCUGCGCCUCAACCCGUACCUGCACCUACACCACAACCUCUCACCGAAGAUGAAAUAGUUGAAAAACGACUAUUGGUUGGUCAGCCACCCGGGACUGUUAUAAAAACUGUCACUGCUCAAGUCAUGCAGACGAGUAGCGGACCUAGCAUCGUUCUGCAAGGUCUUCACGGCUAUAAUUUGAAUCCCCAACAGCUCGCCCUCGUUCAGCAUCAAGUGAAACAGCAACUCUUGAAAGCCCAAGAGUCAACGGGUAAGCAAGGAAUGCUGGGUCCUCGCAAGAUGUAUCUGGCGGUGCAGCCGGCCAACAGCGCGCCGCCGCCGCUAGCACCCGUCGCCCAUCCGCUCGCGCCGCAGGAAAAUAAUGAUCCAAAACGACAGGCGCUUUUGAAUGGCGAAGACAAUGUAGCCGAUGCUGCCGUUCACAAAGAAGCGACUCCAUUUAAACAGGAAGAUAUUAAAGAGAAUAGCACUAAAACUGACUUAGUUAAUGCUAACCAAGAUCGUUUGCAAAGUAACAAAUUCGUCCUCACACCUGACUACAUUCAACAAACUAUUAAAAGCGCAUUGAAACAAGAAAAUCUUAAUCCCGAAAUCGAAGAAAAACUUCUUCAACUCCAACGGUAUCAAGAGAGGCGUAUGAAACCGGAAGUACCCGUAGAAAAAGAACCACGUCCGCCGGCUCCGCGGUCGCCGUCGCCGCCUGCACGGCGCCGGGCUACUUCCCGCCACGACGACGACGAAGAGUGGGUGGAAAGUAGCCCGCGGAAACGGACGCGGGCGUCGCGAGCUCUGUCCCCGGCGCCUCCCGAGCCGCCGCGCACCGUGUCCGCGCCUGCACCCGCGCCUGUGCCGGCCCCUGUACUAACGUCUGUACCGACGCCCGUACCCGCCUCCGUACCAGCGGCUGUGCCCGCGCCGGUCUCCACGCACCUCGAUGAACGACGCCGGACCGCCACCAACAACUCUCGACUUCAAAUGCUUCUGUUUAAGCACAAGGAAUUGCUAAAAAAAGACAUUAUAAAGAAAAGAGGUUUACUCGAAAAAGAACUUGGAAUCGAAAUACAGAAAGAACUAUCGGCUGAAUUGGCGUUGCGUACGCGGGCCGAACGCAACAAACAAGAAGAAGUGCGCGCUAAAAGACGUGCCACUGUUACGCCUUCAACACCUAAGCAGACCAAACGAACUAAUAAAAAAGAAAAAUUACUUUGUAUCUGCCGUACACCUUAUGAUAAUACUAAGUUUUACGUAGGAUGCGAACACUGCAGUAAUUGGUUCCACGGUGACUGUGUCGGUGUUACUGAAGAAAUGAGUAAAACUAUGGAGGAAUAUGUUUGUCAGGACUGUAGACGUGCUGAAGAAACACAAGAGCUUUACUGUCUCUGUAGACAACCCUACGAUAAUUCACAAUUUUACAUAUGUUGUGAUCGGUGUCAAGAUUGGUUUCAUGGCAGAUGCGUCGGUAUUCUACAGUCCGAAGCCGACAAUAUCGAUGAAUAUAUUUGUCCGAAUUGUCAGAAAAACAAUUCUGUCAAUUUCGCAAACAUGAAGGAGUUAACUCACAAGGAUUUUGAAAAUUUGAAGAGGCUAAUAAAACAAAUCCAAUUACAUAAAAGCGCUUGGCCUUUCAUGGAACCUGUGGAUCCUAGAGAAGCACCAACGUAUUAUAAAAUUAUCAAAGAACCAAUGGAUUUGCAAACAGUGGAACGAAAAGUGAAUGAACAAACAUAUAGUAUGUUAAGUGAAUUUAUUGGUGAUAUGACUAAAAUAUUUGAUAACUGUCGAUAUUUUAAUCCAAAGGAUUCUGAAUUUUAUCGAUGUGCCGACGGAUUAGAAGCAUUUUUUGCACAAAAAAUCAAGUAUUUUCGUGAAAAACUAUUUGAAGCUAAUCAAUGAUAAGAGUGAAAUCGUGAUGUGACGAAAAAUUAUUUUAGGGCAUAGUGUGCACAAACUGUGCAGACUUGAGGACUGCAAACAAAAUUGACUCGCUGUUUCUUAAAAUGAUCUGCCUGUAAAUUGUAAAGAAUGUGAUGAAAUUUACAAAGAAUUAUAAAUAAUCACCUGCAAGAGUAUGUCAGUUAUGUCUAUAAAUAUUUAUUGUAAUUAUUACAUGCUUCAAUACGUCUUAAAAAACUGACGCUCUUAUGGUUUAUUAUUCUUGUGACAGUAAAUAUUAUUAUGUAUUGUAUAGAGUUGUGAAAUAUUUUGUUAGCUAAUAAGAAUUAGCAACUUUAGUUUUCUCAGUAAAUAGAAUUAGGUAAAGCUAUUCUAAUAUAAGAAAUACAUUUUUUAAAUACAAAA